AUCUCAAGCUUUUUUGAGUAAUGUCGCAUUUUCUGUGUAUGUCAAUUGCAACAGUCAUCAAAUCAGCUCAAGUGUCGUCUUGGGUUUGGGUGUAGGGUGUGCAGGAUGUCAAGUGAGAGCACGCGAAGAGGACAGGUGGCGCACCAUUUCCCUGCUGCCGCACCGCCACACAUGACGUUCCUCGUCCCGACGUCAUGGCAGUCUUCACUGUCACAAGUAACGGUAAUCCAAAGCAGAUCUAAUUCAUCUUGGUUCGCAAGGCUUGCUCAUCAACGCACCCUCAUUUCCCAUAAGCCAGAACGAACAUGUCGGGACCACCGCCUAAUUAUUACGCAAUCCUAGAAGUAUCGGAUACUGCAACCACAGAGCAGAUUCGCAAUGCAUAUAAAAAAGCGGCACUGAAGACGCAUCCCGAUAGGGUCGCGUCAGAAUCCCCAGACCGUGCAGAGCGCACGCGCAAGUUCCAGCUCGUCAACGACGCCUACUACACUCUCUCAGACCCCACGCGCCGCCGUGACUACGAUGCGCAGCGCAAGCUGUUCGGUGGCGCACCAUCAACCGAACCCGGCCGCAGCUCAGACGACCCGUUCGGCGACCCAGACGAAGAGAUCCCUGGCGCAUUCCCUGGCGGCGCGGCCGGGGCUGGUGGCAGUUUCCCGUCAUGGGCGUGGAACUUCUUCAAGAACCAGAGCGGCGGUGGCGCCGCGGAUGCCGAGGAUAGGCAGCGCACCGAGGAUGCGCAGUUUGAGGAUGUCUUUGAGGAGAUGAUGCGCGACGAGGGCAUGGCGGAGGAUGGCUCGAACAGGCCGACCAGCAGGUUCUGGAGCAUGAUUGGCGGCGCAAGCGGCGGCGCCUUGGGCUUCAUCGUCGCCAACGUACCCGGCGCAGUGGCGGGUGCAGUCGCCGGCAACAGGCUCGGCGCUGUGAGAGACGCCAAGGGCAAGAGCGUCUACUCGGUUUUCCAGGAAUUACCGCAAGGUGACAGGGCGAGGCUGCUGAGCCAGCUUGCCGCCAGGGUAUUCAGUCACGCUGUCGGAGUGUAAGCGACGCAGUGAUGAGGCGUAGGUAGAGUCAGUCAAUCCGUUCAAGUCGUUAAAUUCGUAGAUAGUCAGAUAAGAUAUCCCAGUAAUGCGUCAAUCCCGGGUGCACCACACUGCGCCCAUGCCGAUCUCAUAACGAUACUUAUACAAUAGCAAUGUCACAUUGAAGCUUUACGACUUCACACCCAGACGCAACAGCGCCCCUGAGGAUGUCGGGUCUUUUGCGAUUCAGUCAACACUUAUAUGAAGAUUGAGUUG